UUUGGACCCGCCGACCCGCGACCGACGAACAGGCCCCUCGCUUCGCGUGUGCCAUGUCUGGUUCCUCCAGCGUCGCUGCUAUGAAGAAAGUGGUUCAACAGUUCCGGCUGGAGGCCGGCCUCAACCGCGUGAAGGUGUCCCAGGCAGCUGCAGACUUGAAACAGUUUUGUCUGCAGAAUGCUCAACAUGAUCCCCUGCUGACUGGAGUAUCUUCAAGUACAAAUCCCUUCAGACCCCAGAAAGUCUGCUCCUUUCUGUAGUCAAACAAAUCUAUCAGAGGGUUCCUAAACCACUUCUCAUUAACCGGUGAAUAUUCAUUCAAGAGAGCUAAAUUUGAAGCCUGUACAAAAAGCUUCCCUUAACACAUGUGCCAUAAUAUACAAACUUCUACAUU